GUUUUGACUAUAUAAUAAGCACCAAAAUCUCUCACAGGGACUUCUCAUUUCUUCCAUCAUCAUAAGACAGAAGACAGAAAAACAAAAGUCCCUCUGGAAAAAUAGUAAUCUUGAAUUCAUCAAAAAGAUUCAAUCUUUAUAAGAAAACCGAAGUCUCUCUGGAAAAAGAAUCUUGAAUUUAUCAAAGAGACUAUGUUUUUAAGUAGGUGAAGAUGAUGAAUUAAUCUUGUAGUGCAUUAGGCGUCUUUGCUUGUUCUUUUCUGGAGAUUUUGUUGGUUAGGACAUUCGACGUAUCUGCUGAAAACCUCUGAUUCUUUGUGACUGCUUUUAACGAAGAGACAUCGAUAGCUUGGAAAAGUUGUGCAGCAUCUUAGCCAAUUUGAAGAGAGCGCGUGACUGAUCUCGACAUGCACGCAUCCCAGAUACCUCAAUCAUCAGGCGGAGUUCACAAGUUGUACCAUCAGCCACAGGAGAACUUUGAGCAAUAUUAUAGCCCUCACCAUGUAGUUAGCAACAAUUCCAACGAUACUAGCAGCUCGGGGACACAGCUCUCUUAUCAGACACAGAAUGAAAAUUUUUAUACUCUGGACUCGCUGCCUGAUGCUGGUUAUGUCAUCUAUGAUUCGCCUCCUGCUUUAAGUGUCUCGUCCAACUGGAGUCCAUUCUCUCCUCAGUGUUCUCAGUCGUACACAUCAGAUCAACACCAUUCCUCAGACAACACUUAUGGUUCACCUUUGAGCGGGUGCUCAGUAAUUAAUGAUGGCGAUGAACUGAAGCAUGUGCUAAGGGAGAUGGCGAAUAAGUUGCUAGGGCCGGAAUCUGAUAUUGAUGAAAACAGCAGUUGCUCUUUCAAUUGUGAGGUCUCAAAACCUUCAAAGUGGAAUCGAGUAUUGGAAAUUGCAUCGAGCUUGGACAUGAAAGAGCUGCUCCUUGCCUGUGCUGAAGCAAUAUCGGAUGCCGAAUUCUCAGCUGCAGAUGUUCUGAUGAAUGUCUUAGAGCAAAGGGUGUCAGUUUCUGGGGAACCUAUGCAACGAUUGAGCGCGUACAUGUUGGAAGGGCUCAGAGCAAGAUUAUAUUCUUCGGGAAGUAACAUAUACAAAAAGCUUAAGUGCAACGAACCAACUAGUUCGGAAUUGAUCUCUUACAUGCAAGUCCUCUAUCACAUCUGCCCCUACUACAAAUUCGCUUACACAUCCGCCAACGUUGUGAUCGAAGAAGUCAUGAGGAAUGAGAGCAGAAUCCAUAUAAUUGAUUUUCAAAUUGCACAAGGAAGUCAAUGGAUAUUCCUUAUGCAAAAUCUUGCUCGUCGGCCUGGUGGACCCCCUUUCGUCCACAUCACAGGUGUUGAUGAUUCCCAAUCGGCUCAUGCACGCGGUGGAGGACUUCAGCUAGUAGGUGAAAGGCUAGCAAAAGUUGCUGAAUCAUGUGGAGUGCCAUUUGAAUUCCAUGCUGCUGCAAUAUCGGGCUGUGACGUUCAUCUAGAAAACCUCCAAAUUAGACAUGGAGAAGCCUUGGCAGUUAACUUCCCGUAUGUGCUGCAUCACAUGCCAGACGAGAGUGUAAGCACUGCGAACCAUCGAGACCGUCUACUAAGACUAGUUAAGAGCUUGUCCCCGAAAAUUGUCACCCUUGUUGAACAAGAAUCUAACACCAACACUUCUGCUUUCCUUCCAAGAUUCCAUGAAACUCUGGAUUACUACACCGCAAUGUUCGAGUCAAUUGAUGCAGCUCGCACGAGGGAUGACAGCCAGAGGAUCAGUGCAGAGCAGCAUUGCGUGGCACGAGACGUUGUCAACAUAAUCGCAUGUGAGGGGGCUGACAGAGUGGAAAGACACGAACUUUUUGGGAAGUGGAAUAUGAGACUUACGAUGGCUGGAUUUACUCCAUACCCCUUGAGUCCGUCAGUUGGUGAAGCCAUCAACGAUGUGUUGAAAGAGUUUAGCCCAAAUUAUCGACUUGCAGAGAGCAAAGGUGCACUUUAUCUCGGAUGGAAGAACAGAGCUUUAGCGACUUCUUCAGCUUGGAGAUGACUGCUUCUGGAAAUGUUGUCUAAGAUGUAAAUCUCUCCCUACAUGAUCCGGAUAUGUUUACCUUUUUAGUUUUACGAGAUGUAGGAAAAACGAAAAUCUUAGGCGUGUACAUGUCAACAUUGGAAGGGAAAUAGUGAACUCUGAAAUAGAAUUGUGCAUCUUCUCAUUUGUUGACAUGAAUUUAGCAGAAAACAUCUAAACAAAGUUAAGACAUUGGAAAUGUUCUCGUCUCUUUUGCUUGCUAUGUUGAUCUCUUUUUUGAUUUA